CCUCCCUGCGCCUCAGAGCGCUGAGGGAAUAUAUCUCCAUGUAUUUAAAAAAAACAAACAAAAAACAAAAACAAAAAAAAACCCAAACGGGGCUUUUAGAAAAACACCCCGUUGCGGUUACUUUAUGGCUGAAGAAAAUAUAUGGGAAUCGGCCUGUUCCACAGUACGAAGUGAACGCAAGGACAAUUGAUAUCUUGUAUGAGCUUGUAGAAUGCAAUGAAGCCAGAGACAGGGAUGUUUCUUUGCUGAUAGAGGACAUGAAGCAGAAGGCAACAGAAUACGAAGCAGAAGCUAACUAUCUACAGGGCCUUCUUGCAGAAAGCCUGGGUCUUUCCCUAUCCAGUCUGUCCAGCGAAGGCACCAGCUACCUCAAUGUCUUGGUAAACAGCGCAAUGACACUUGAAACGAAGGACACUUCUCUUGCUAGCUUCUUCUCUGCCAUCAAUGAUAUGACUUCGGAGCUGUAUGCAACAGAAUCAAAAAACAGAGAAAUGGAACUGGAAUUGAGCAACCUCAGGAAAAAACUAACUGCAGCGGUGAUGCUGGAAAAGCAGUUAGAGGAGGAUCUUAAAAAAACAGAGGAACUUCUGGAGGUAGAAAAGGCCAAAGCUGACAGCCGAUCCCAGAACUUGAAGUUUCUGAAAGAUAAAUCUGAGGAUUUAAAAAUCAGGAUCAAGGCUGCUGAGGAGCAGCUUGCUGCCACGGGGUUGGACCAGUCGCUGACACACGAGUCGCUCGUGAGCCUGUCUGAGAAACUGGCUGGACUGCAGGAAGAAAUUGUGCCUUUGAAGAAGAAACUGGAGUCCUACCUAGAUUUAACUCCUAAUCCUUCCCUUGCACAAGUGAAGAUUGAAGAAGUAAAACGAGAACUGAAUGCCUUGGAGGCUGAGUUCUCAAAGCAGAUUGAUAUGCUGACUCUUGAGAUGCCAGAGCCCAGCAAACUCCAGUUCAGCUGAAGAGGCCUGUGUGGAACAUUUUCCUUCUAUUGUCUAUUUAUUUGCACUAGUAAAACACUUUGGAGUUCUUAUGUACUUCUGCAGCUUCCUGCCUUACUCUUCUUGCUGUUGGAUGGCACAGUUGUGACCUUCCAGCAAGCAUGCUCAUUUUUAGGGGUUCAUGUUGCCUUGUAUUUGUAAACGUCACCUGUUUUUCAUAAAAUAACCCCCAUACUGUU